AGUGAGUGUUUGAGUGAGUGUGUGAGAGAGUGUGUGGAUGAGUGAAUGAGUGCGUGCGUGCGUUUGCCUGCAUCAGACUAAGUGUGUUUUUGUUACUUUUCUUCCCGCAGAUAUGAUAUAGAGAGAAACCCAACAGAGAUAUACAGAAAAAAACAACCUAGACUUCAGCAUCACAAGACGUAGCCACAUGUAGUACGAGAUAACGUAUCAGCUGAUUUUCAUACUUGAGCUGAAUCUGCUUUCUUGCUUGCCGUCUUUUGGAGGAUUCUUGUCAUGGCAAGUUCAGGCUACACACGAGUUUUGGUUCAUCUGAGAAAGACCUCUGCAGUGGAAACUUACCAAAAGGCCAAGUUUAGUGAAUGUAUAUUAGAUUUCCUAGGAUUUUGUGGAGAUGGCAUGGUGGAAUGUCACUUAGAAGACAAUAGACUUCUCAUCCAACCUUCUGCAAUGGAGAGCAAUUUGGAGAAUGCAAAGACGGCUACAAAUCUGAAGAAAACUCCCUCAUAUAAACUAGUGCACCCACCAUUCUGCCCUGUUCAGCAUCUUGAUGAGGAUGGAAUAGCAUCAUUAGACCCAGAAAUCUACAACAGAGGUGUAGAUGUCGGAGUUGCAGUCAUUCUUGAAUCAAGUGAUAACCGUUUGCUGUUGACCAGGAGAGCACCCCACAUGAGGACAUUUCCAAAAACAUGGGUUCCUCCAGGGGGCCACAUAGAGGAAGGAGAGACUUUAGAAGAUGCUGCAUUUAGAGAGUUAGAAGAGGAGACAGGACUUGUUCUCACACCGACUGAGAAAAAGACCAGUAACAUUUUAGGUCUCUGGGAAUCAGUUUAUCCUCCUGUGCUCCCAAUGGGGCUUCCAAAGAGACACCAUAUUGUUGUGUACUUGCAUAUAGUACUUGACAGGACAUCACAGGAUUUGCAGAAUAACUUCAAGUUGUGUGGAGAGGAGGUAGAUGCAGCUGUUUGGCUGUCACAAGACCUUGUCAGGUUGUCAGUCUGGAGAAAUGACAGCAGUUCUGAUGCAGCUGAUGAAUUACCUGUAAAGAACGAAGAGAUUCCAAUAACCUUGGUUAAUCGUGCGGGAGAACAUGCAUCUGGUUAUCUUGAUUCAGAAAUUUUGAAAGAGAAGACAUCCAAUGAGGACUUGAAAAGGGAGAGAGUCAGCACUGGAAGCAGGUAUGCUUUGGCUUUGUGGUUGGAAAAGAAAUCAUUAAAUGUGAACAGAACAUCAGAUAGUCUCCAGAAAGAUUUAUACAAACGAUUUCUUUUGAAGGAUGAUCAUGAUAAAGAAAUUAAUACAUCUAAAGCCUCAAACUUGUGAUUAAUUCUUUUAUUCUUGUCUCUGACAAAGUCAUUGUAUGCCAUCAAAUGUUUUUAAUUUCUUUAUGAAGGUAUUAGUACCAUGCAUUUUUUUAAUUACUUAAACUUUUUAGGUGGUACAAUAAUGUAGAACAUAGGUUAUUAACAUUUUUUUGAUGGUACAGACAAGUCAGAAAAGGUAUAUAUAAACAAGCCAUUAAAAUAUAUAAAUAUACUCAUUUUAGAUAAACAUUAAUUUAUCUUUUGAAUUUGGUGAAGCAUAUAGCCUCAGGGAAUAUAAUUAUAGUUUAUUGAUUUAAUUUAUGUGUAAAUAUCUCUACAAGUGCUUACUCACUAGGGGUCAUUUACUAGUCCCAUCUGAUCUCCUCCAUUUACUCUAUUCUUUGAAUUUUUGAAUCUUUGAAGUUUUUUUUCUGUUAUUACAAUCAGUAUUGUUAAUAAUGUUAUAAUAAUAAUAGUAAUGAUAAUAUCAGUAGUGUUAAUAACAAUAAUAAUGCUAUUAGAAAUGCAGACUAUUUUCACAAAAAAUCAUGGAAUGGAGUAAACAGGUGGACAAGUAAGUCUAAUAAUUGCCUCCUUGGUAAUCCAGAACUUGUGAGGUUACAUACCUGUAAACAGAACUGACAAAAAACUUAAGUGCAUUUACCUGGCAUCAGUGAGAUUAUAUCAUUAUUGUAUUGUUGUACACUGGUCUGCAUACUUACUACUCAAUAACAACAAACAAACAGAUAUUUAUGAUACCAAAUAAGAAACAUUGUCUAUAAGGCUGAUUACCAGAGGAGGAAAAAUUACUGUAGCUGAUGAAACAAAAAUUGUUUGUUAGUAAAUGACUAGUCAUUUGGUCAUUAUGUACUUCAGGGACACAUCCUGAAGUAUAUGUUGUAUAUUAUGUGUAAAUAAAAUAAACAUGAAUUGUUUCUACUUUUUGCAUGAAAAUUACAAAACUUGAUAUCUGAGUCCAUGUAAAGAAGAGGAUUAAUUUGAGUAAGAUCCCGAAAAUAGAAAAAAUAGAUAGAGUACACAAGAUGCUCUUUGCUUGAUAAUUACUGUAAAAUUGUGAAAUGCUAUGUUACUGAAUGGACAAUUACAUAGCUAUGAAUAUAUUUUAGAAAAAAAAAAAAAAACAUGGAUAAUCAAAAAAUAAAGUGAUGGGAAGGCAUAACAUAUAAAACUAAGAUGUGCACUGAAUAACAAUUUUGCUGCACAUUACCUUACCCAUUAUGUUCAAAUUAUGUGACACAUAAUUUCAAUGGAGUAUAACACUGACUUUGCCCUUCAGAUUACUCUUUAGUGGAUAUUUUGCUGUAGCAAGUGUUGUCAUGUGUUGCAAGUGUUAUCAUGCAAACCCAGACAAUACUGAUAUUUGUAGUAAAUUAAA